AUGUCUCUCUCACUUGGCGUAGUACCCAUCAAUUGGAAACGUGCUAAUAUCACGGCCGUAUUUAAGAAAGACGAUCCUUCACUUUCGUGCAAUUAUCGGCCGAUUUCUCUACUCUGUGUGUUGUCUAAAGUUCUAGAACGUUGCGUUCACAGUCACUCCUACUACCACUUAGCACCACUCAUCUACAAGAUGCAACACGGUUUCAUGAGGGGGAAAUCAACAACAACCCAACUGUUAGAAGUGUACCAUGACAUUCUGGAACAUGUUGCGAGUGGUAAGGAAGUCGAUGCUAUUUACCUGGAUUUAUCGAAAGCCUUUGACAAAGUUCCACACAAUCUGUUGUUGAAGAAACUCGAGAAUUCCGGAAUUGGCGGGCCUCUCCUUGCAUGGUUUCGAAGCUACUUGACAGAUCGAAAACAACGUGUAGUUCUUCAUGGCGUGUGUUCCGAUUGGCUCCCGGUUACAUCUGGCGUACCACAAGGCUCCAUACUUGGUCCACUUUUGUUUCUGAUCUACUGCAAUGACGUUCAAAAUUACAUACAAGCAAACUCGACACUCGCACUCUUUGCCGACGAUUCUAAACU